GAGCUGUCAUCUUGAAAGCCCUUUUCCACGUCUAGCAGUCAGAACGGCUUGUGCUCGAGGUGAGUACACGGUGUGUGCGAGCGUUCCUGUCCGUCCUCUGGAUUCUGGGUAUGAGUGUCCUCACAGCUGUAGUUCUGUGACCGUGUAUCAGCUUGAACUCAUGAUGGGCUGAAGGCGCCCCAACCUAUAGAGCCUCUCGGGAAGGAGAAUGACCCACAGAGCAAGCCCGGCCAAAGCCUACGACUUCCUGCUGAAGUUUCUGCUUGUUGGGGACAGCGAUGUUGGGAAAGGGGAGAUCCUGGCGAGUCUACAGGAUGGCGCUACAGAGUCGCCGUACGGUUAUAACAUGGGCAUCGACUAUAAGACGACCACCAUAUUGCUGGACGGACGCCGCAUAAAACUACAGCUCUGGGACACUUCAGGACAAGGAAGAUUUUGCACUAUUUUUCGUUCGUAUUCCAGAGGAGCUCAGGGCGUCAUCCUGGUCUAUGACAUCACGAACCGCUGGUCAUUUGACGGCAUCGACCGCUGGAUAAAAGAGAUCGACGAGCAUGCCCCGGGAGUGCCCAAGAUCCUGGUGGGGAACCGUCUGCACUUGGCGUUUAAGCGGCAGGUGUCCACCGAGCAGGCGCAGUGCUACGCCGAGCGCCUCGGGAUGACCUUCUUCGAGGUCAGCCCCCUCUGCAACUUCAACAUCACCGAGUCCUUCACCGAGCUGGCGAGGAUCGUGCUGAUGCGGCACGGCAUGGACCGGCUGUGGAGGCCCAACAAGGUACUGAGUCUGCAAGACCUCUGCUGCCGCGCCAUAGUCUCCUGCACCCCCGUUCACCUGGUCGACAAGCUCCCCCUCCCGGUUGCCUUACGAAGCCAUCUGAAGUCUUUCUCCAUGGCGAACGGACUGAACGCCAGGAUGAUGCACGGCCGAUCGUACUCGCUCACCGCCAACAACUUAAACAAACGGCACAGCCUGAAGAAAGCCAAGAUCAUCCGUCCGCCGCAAAGCCCCCCCAAGGACUGCACAAGGAACAGCUGCAAGAUAUCCUAAGCAGGAGCCAUGGAAGGAUCCUUGGGGGCGGAGACUCUAUAUCCCUCCCUCGAGGAAGCUGUUAAGCGACAGGACGUUCAUUGAGCCCCUUCUUUGUCCAGAAGUUUAGGUCUCCCGAGAUGAUGCUGCUUUUAUUUUAGACAUAACAUGAUGUCGCUGUGUUCUAUAUGCAUGGCCCGUUUUAUUUUUUGGUUUUCUUAGUUUUUUUACUAUUUUUAUUGCCCUUUUAUUUGUGGUCUGCUUCAGCCAGGACACCUCAUCCUUCCUCCCUUCCUCCCCCACCUCCGCCACCAGUUAAUUUGUGCUCCCUUUAAUGGAAAGUAUUGGAUCCCGUUCCCCUGGAAGAGCGCCCUGUUUUUUUUUUGUUUGUUUUUUAUAAAUUGUGCUGCACCCCAAGGUAUACACCGCAGCCGCUUCAGCCCCCCCCUCCCCCCCCACCUCCAGUCAUCCCCGCUACAACAAAGGCUGCUCCACAGGUGUAUUUAAGAUGCACUGACAGGUCUCUGUGAGGAAAGUUAGAAUUUUUUUGUUUUUGUUUUUUUUAUGUUAUUUAAUACUUUUUGGGGAUUUCUCCAUGAUGAAAUAUGACUAUAUAUAUAUAUAUAUAAAUAUGCUUCUAUUUCUGUAAAACUGAAUAUUUUGUACCAGAUGUAAGAAGAGUCGCCGAGUUUAAAAAAAAAACAAAAAGAAAAAAAAAAACACACACACAAAAAAAAAUUACCCAAAUGCCAAAGACGUGUUUGGAUUGUGAAUAUGUUUUAUUUGCGAUGCGUUUGUGACUUUCAAUGUGAUUUAAAGAAAUGUUUUAUAAAGAGGAAGAAACGCUA